GCAUGUCCCGCCUUCCGCCAUUUGUAACGUAACAAAGUGAUGAAUUUCAGACCUCUCAAUUUUACUAAUAAUAUGUAACACAAACAGUAGAAAUAUCAGAACAGGUUAGGGUCUUUGUGACCAGUUAUAGCGUCCACAAUGGCUGGGAAUUUCUGGCAGAGUUCACAUUAUCAGCAGUGGAUCUUGGAUAGGCAGGAUCUGACCAGGGAGAGACAGAUUGACCUGAAGGUGCUGACAGAAGAAGAGUAUCAAAAGUUGAUGAUAUUUUAUGCCAAUUUAAUCCAGUCUUUAGGAGAACAGCUGAAAGUGAGGCAACAAGUGAUCGCCACAGCUACCGUGUAUUUUAAAAGAUUUUAUGCCAGAAAUUCCCUGCGCUGUAUAGACCCACUCCUCAUGGCGCCUACCUGUAUAUUUUUGGCUUCCAAAGUUGAGGAAUUUGGAGUAAUUUCAAACAGCAGGCUAAUAUCCACAUUCCAGACAGUUUUGAAGACCAAGUUCCAACAUGCUUUUCAACAGGAGUUCCCAUAUAGAGUGAACCAUGUCCAUGAAUGUGAAUUCUUCCUUCUUGAAAUGAUGGAUUGCUCCUUGGUGCUGUACCACCCUUAUAGACCUCUAACUCAAUACAUAGCUGACUUAGGCCAGGAAGAACUACUGCCAUUGUCAUGGAGAAUUAUCAACGACAGUCUAAGAACGGAUGUCUGCCUUCUGUAUCCCCCCUACCUCAUAGCUUUAGCCUGCCUCCACAUGGCGUGUGUUAUUCAGGGAAAAGAUUGUAAGACCUGGUUUGCUGAACUCUCCGUGGAUAUGGACAAGAUCCUGGAGAUCACACGUCACAUCCUGGCGUUGUAUGAUCUGUGUAAGAGUUUUGACGAGAAAAAAGAGAUCAGCACAUUGCUGAACAGAAUGCCCAAACCAAAGACCAGUCCUUCUCGACCCCCGUCUCAGGGUCCCAAUGGCGACGGGCAGGAAAGCCAGUCACGACAAUGAGGAGUCAUUUGAAGG